GGGAGGCGGGGCCGGCCGGCGGCGCGGUUGGGGCGCGGGAGCGGGCCCGGAGCAGCCCCAGGCGGCGGGCGCGGGGAGAGGAGGCGGCGCGGGCCCGGGAUCGACCGAGACACCCGGCCAGCGGCGCCCCUAGCGCGCCGUCCCGGAGUUGACCACGUGAAACUUUUCACUGCGCCCCUCGGCGCCGCCGCCCCGUGCCGGCGCCCCCCCGCCCCCGCCGGGACCGCAGCCCGCGGGGAGCAGGGGGGGGAGAGGCCCGCGGCUCCCCCCCCUCGCGCCGCCCGUCGGGGCGCGGCCGGGCGCGGGCCCCGGGCGAUGGCCGCGGAGCUGGCGAUGGGCCCCGAGCUGCCCAGCAGCCCGCUGGCCAUCGAGUACGUCAACGACUUCGACCUGAUGAAGUUCGAGGUGAAGAAGGAGCCGCCCGAGGCCGAACGCUUCUGCCACCGCCUGCCUCCCGGCUCGCUGUCCUCGACGCCACUCAGCACGCCCUGCUCCUCCGUGCCCUCCUCGCCCAGCUUCUGUGCGCCCAGCCCGGGCACCGGCGGCGGCGGCGCCGCAGGGGGCGGCGGCGGUGCGUCUCAGGCCGGGGGCGCCCCCGGACCGCCGAGUGGGGGCCCCGGCGCCGUCGGGGGCACCUCGGGGAAGCCGGCGCUGGAGGAUCUGUACUGGAUGAGCGGCUACCAGCACCACCUCAACCCCGAGGCGCUCAACCUGACGCCCGAGGACGCGGUGGAGGCGCUCAUCGGCAGCGGCCACCACGGCGCGCACCACGGCGCGCACCACCCGGCGGCCGCCGCGGCCUACGAGGCUUUCCGCGGCCCGGGCUUCGCGGGCGGCGGCGGCGCGGACGACAUGGGCGCCGGGCACCACCACGGCGCGCACCACGCAGCCCACCACCACCAUGCCGCCCACCACCACCACCACCACCACCACCACCAUGGCGGCGCGGGCCACGGCGGCGGCGGCGCGGGCCACCACGUGCGCCUGGAGGAGCGCUUCUCCGACGACCAGCUGGUGUCCAUGUCGGUGCGCGAGCUGAACCGGCAGCUCCGCGGCUUCAGCAAGGAGGAGGUCAUCCGGCUCAAGCAGAAGCGGCGCACGCUCAAGAACCGCGGCUACGCGCAGUCCUGCCGUUUCAAGCGGGUGCAGCAGCGGCACAUUCUGGAGAGCGAGAAGUGCCAACUCCAGAGCCAGGUGGAGCAGCUGAAGCUGGAGGUGGGGCGCCUGGCCAAAGAGCGGGACCUGUACAAGGAGAAAUACGAGAAGCUGGCGGGCCGGGGCGGCCCCGGGGGCGCGGGCGGGGCCGGUUUCCCGCGGGAGCCUUCGCCGCCGCAGGCCGGUCCCGGCGGGGCCAAGGGCGCUCCCGACUUCUUCCUGUAGGCGCCGGACCCCGAGCCCGCGCCGCUAUCGCCCGGACAAGUUCGCGCAGGCCUCGCAGGGCCUCGGCUCGGACUCCGCGGUCCAGGACGUGGACGCCAGGCCCGGCCCGGCCGUGCUGGCCCCGCUGCCAAGUCUGCGGGCGCGGGGUUGGAGGCCCCUUCGCUCCCGGCCCCCGUUCGUGCGCGUCGGCCUGAGUCGCCGUCCUGAGGUUGCGCGGAGAACGGUGAUUUCCAAGGAAACUUGAGCCAGGUCUAACUUCUUUCCAAGCGUCCACUUGUACAUAUGUCGAACGUGGUUUUCCGUUCCCACCUUCGCCCUGCCAGCCGAGAGGGGCCGCGCUGCCGUCCCUUUCCGGGUAGCCCCUGCCUGCCCCCGCCCUCCUCCGUUCUCUUCUCAGCCUCCAUUUCCUUGCCUUUUUUAACUUCCCCUCCCCCUUUUAAAAUCGGUCUUAUUUUCGAAGUAUUUAUCUUUAUUAUGCUUGGUGAUUAGAAAAGAAAACCUUGGAGGAAGCCCCUUCCGUCCCCAGCCGGGGUCCACCCUCAGUCGCGAGUCGCAGCAUGAGUCGCUCGCCAGGAGGGGCCCUGCCCCUGCCUGCCCCCUCCCCGCUUGCCCCCGACCCUGCUACCGGCGUUCCCUGGAGGUCGAAACCAGGGACGUCACCUGUGCUGUGUCCAGGCCUGCUGUCCUAUGCUCAACGGUGGGGGGAGGGGGGUGGGUCCUGUGCUCAGCCGGGUGGGGCUGGCCCGGACCCCGAGCUGUUGUCUCUCUAUGCACCAGAACAUAUCUAUGACUCCUGGGGAAAUAUAUCUUAUUUUAACCUUCAAGAGAAGUGAAAGAAAAAAGUAAUGCACAGUAUUUCUAGCAGAAAAAAAAUUUUUUUUUUAAGAGGAGGCUUGGGCCAGAGCCUCCUGGCAUGAGGCGGGUGGAGAAAGUGUUUUUAUUUUAAUUUAAAUUGUGUUUCGUUUUGUUUGUGGAAUCUUUCUUUAACACUUCAUCGCUUUUUGGACUAGCUGGGAGAGAGGGUGAGGAGGCGGGCGCUCCCAGCCUACGCUCCCGGCCCUGUAGGCUGGGCCAGGCGCCUGGGGGAUCUGCGCGGUUUUCCGGGGCCCUCAGGGCCAUCACUGGGAUUCCAGCCGGUCCACACCCCUCCCCUGAGCACUCGGAGCGGAAGGUGCGCCCACUUGUUGAAAGUUUUGUUGUGUAGUUGGUUUUCGUUGAGUUCUUUUUUCAUUUGCUACGAAACUGAGAAAAAGAAAAAAUACACAAAAUAAAUCCGUUUAGAUCCAAGUCA